GGUGCUUACAAAUAAAUCUUCUACAACGCUUCAUUUAUCUGCAGCCAUUGCAUUGGCACGUGUGAGAGUGUACUUCAUAUAAUUCGCAUUUUCCUAUAAUUGACUGUACAAAUUGGUUUAAAACAAUUAAAAUGGAUUCCGAAUCUUUUUAUGGCGUCACAUUGAGCGAAAAAGAGCCCAUUGCACAGUUUGACGUGCCCGAAAUUCCCGAGGAAUACAUUAUUCACUCACACAAGCUGAUAAUCAAACAAAUAUUCCUGGGGCCGGAGGCUAAGCAAGGCGAAUUUAACGUCGUGCAGGCAGAAACAAAAGUAAGCGACAAGGAAACGGUUAAAAUACCAAUCGCUGUCCUAAAGGUUGGAGAAACGCGUAGUUUGAAUCCAAAUGUUGAAUUUCCCAAUGGGUCAGUUACAUUUAAACUGGUGCAGGGCACAGGUCCAGUUUAUGUAUGCGGCAAGGCGGAAUUGAAUUUGGGCGAGUUCGAAGAUGGCCAAAUCUAUGAAGAAUACUCUGAAGACGAAGGCAGUGAUCUUGACUUCGAAGACGACGUGCCGCCCCAGACCAAUGGCAAAAGUAAUAAAAAGAAGUAAUGCAAAUUCUACCUAGAAAGCUAGAAAUUGAAAAUGAAAUACAUAUUUUCCAAAAAAUAACAAUAACAUGUAAUAAGAAAAACUUUAACAAUGCAACAAACCAGUUGGACUUAAACAAGACAAGCAGUACAUAGAAGCGUAUACCUAGUUAAGCGUGGAUCUGAGCACAAAAUAAAUUUGUAUGCCACCAUGAAUAAAUGUAAAUACAUACAUAUGGCA